AUGUGGUCUUCUCAUACCCCUCGCAAAUCGCACGACCAAACGAGGUCUGCAUCUCCUGCUGAAAGCACUGAUUCUCGUAAGCGUACAUCCAGCGAUGCAACUCCUCGUCAGACUCCAGCGACCAGCAAAUUUCUCAGCACUGCAAACGACCAUGACACCAACAAGAAUGUCCUCCCUUCAAAUUCCACAGACGUUUUUAGCUCUUCAAAACGACUAGGUUUCUUUGCAGACAAGUUGUCUUCAUCCCUAAGUUCCGCUGCAGGCAACGCCAACCUCAAGAGUUCCCUCCACCCAAGUCUUCUUCUCCACCCCCACAGCCAUUCGCGUGCAGAAUCUAAUACGCUGCCCUCUACUUCAUCGUCACCUACACCCAUAGCCACGUCCACAAACCAGACAAGCGCGGCCAAGUCACAUACAUCCCCAUCCAAGGCAUCCCAUGGCCGCACGUACGAUUCCAAACUCGUUUCUCGCGAAAUGCAUCGUUUGGGAAAUCUCGCUCAUCUUCCGUCUGCCCUUACACCACAGCUGUCCACCGCCCCGUCCGUCGCAUCCUUGGCCUUGCCCCCACCAGGUACUAUGUCCCAGACCAAUACUUCAUCUACUUCCACGACGGACCCGUGGGGCGCCCUUCAUGUUCACGUCCUGCCCCUCUUCAACGGGGAGCCUCUCCGAAUACCAAUAGAGGACCUCAAUAUUCUAGUGAAAAGACACAUACAAGCUGUGGUGUCAUCCUCCCCGUCCAAGGCCCUCUCUACUCUUGAGCAUGACGCAUCAGAACUCAUCGCUUCUGGGAUGGUUACCUUGAACGCGAAACUCAUCAGUAUCGACGACGAGAAAUUGGUAGCUCGCGUGGUUGAAAUAUGGGGAUUUUUUUGGGACCAAGUUUUGACAUAUCUUGAGGGAGUGCUUUUGCCUUUGCAAACCGACUCUCUGUUAUCCUCCCUUUAUAGAACGCCGAAGUCUCACCAUCGAGCUACAUCCCCCAAUCGUCAAAACGGCCCCAAGGCCUCCAUCUCAUCAAGUCUCAAUCAUAUCUCAACGUCGUCGAUUGAUGUUCGCACUGUCGCGUUAAGGUCAUUCCGUGACAGAGUCAUUCUCCCUCUCUUUCAACGACUUUACGCCCGGUUAUCAAUUCCAAACAGACAAGAUACAUUCCAGGAAACCGUAACUUACCAGCAACCGCGUUUGCAGCAAAUGCUCCUGGUUCUUUCAUCCCAGAGCCGGCAGAGGCCUGUCACUUUUUCGCUCACGACGCCUACCCCUCAGCCCACAGCGGGAGAGGCUGCUAUCAGUGAUCUUCUCCGUGUCGUGCGCAAUCCCCGUGCAAACACGGAUCCCCGAAGCCAGCCGUACAAUCCUGUCCCUGGUUCUCAAACGCGAACACCGAGCUUCCUUUCAGGUGGUUUGCCUAGAGAUAGAAGAGGCCGAAUCGCGCAGAAGCAAAGCGGAAAGGGACCUCCGCAGGAAGAAGACAAAUUUGGUGAUGAAACACCCCGGGUGGGGCCUAGUUAUGUCGCCGAUGUAGAGCGCGAGCGUGAACGCGAGUUUUUAGAAGCUCUGCGGAGUCCCGACCUCGUUAGCUCAACGACAAGGGCUAGCGUAGGUGGCUGGGGUUUGGGAGCAGGACACGAGGACGCUCCAAAAACUGCAGAGGAAGAGGAUGAAGAUGAGCCUCUGGAUUGGGAUCAAGCGCAGGAAGUAGUUGAGCGGAUGGUCGGAAUGACACGAAGAUAA